GCAAAGGUGAGGAAUUUCUCCCUGAAUGUUGUGAUCGUAAAGUCCAGCACGCGGCUAGUGUGAUGGUGUGGGGAUCGAUGUGUCGGCAUGGUGUGGGGUCUCUGGUGAAACUGGAAGGUCGUUUGGACAGCACGGCCUACCAACAGGUUCUGGAGGAGCACAUGCUUACAGACGCAGUGGCACUGAUAGGAGACGACUUUGUCUUCCAGCAGGACAAUGGCUACGCCAGCAUGACGUCACACUGUUGGACUGGCCGCCAAAAUCGCCUGAUGCGAAUCCAAUCGAGAACUUGUGGCAUGAACUCAAAACUGCUGCCAACCAUCGCGAACCGAGAACUGCAGCUGAGCUCUGGAAUGCUCUACAAGAGGCGUGGCAGCAGAUUCCAGCCGCGUGUGUCCAGAACUUGGCAGAAACAUACUACAGUGAACAGCUCAGUGUCUUGGAAUCCUGUUACAUCUGGUUCAAAAAAGACACAACCUCCGUAA